AUGGAUCUUAUUGCUGUUGCUACUGCUACAUCUGGUAUAGCUGCUUCCAUUAUGCCUGGUGGGCGCACUACACAUUCUCGCUUCAAGAUUCCAAUAAAACUGAGUGGCAAUACUAUGUGUAGCUUUACAAAGCAGAGUGGCACAGCAGAGCUGCUUAGAAAGGCAUCUCUGAUAAUAUGGGAUGAGGUUGCAAGGACUAAGAGGCAAGUAGUUGAGGCUCUUGACAGGUCACUUAGGGAUAUAAUGAGUUGUGAUAUGCCGUUUGGGGGGAAGGUUAUGUUGUUUGGUGGUGACAUCAGACAGGUUCUUCCUGUGGUGCCGCGUGGAACAAGAGCUCAGAUCAUUGAUGCAACCUUACUUAGAUCAUACAUAUGGGAAAGUGUUCGGUGGAUCAGGUUGACCCAGAACAUGCGAGCUCAGGCUGAUACAUGGUUUGCAUAUUACUUAUUGAGGAUCGGUAAUGGGAUCGAGGAAGCAUUUGAGGGUGACUACAUGUGGCUUCCUGAUGACAUUUUGAUUCACAAUCCUCCGGAGGAUGAUUCCAUUGUCAUCCUUAUAUAUCAGAUUUUUGGGGAAGCAGAAGAUUUUCUUUAG